AUGGUUAUAGCUAACAUAAAAUUAGAAAAAUUAACAUUUAUGUCAAAGCAAAAAUCUUUAUUCAACGACCGUCCUCUGGAAGUUGAGAAUCUAAUUUACAUGAUCAAAGGUGACAUUGAAGAUUUAAUUCAGCAGACUGCAAGAUUACAAAAUGAAAUGCAGCAUUCGUACAGUCCAAAAAGGAAUAAAAAUUUUAACACUCAUUGCUCUAAUAUUGUGUCGAUAUUACAAACAAGGCUUACAUCUUUGUCUCGUGAAUUCAGACAUGUUCUGGAAAUGAGAAACGAGAAUCAGAAGCAGCUUAUUGCACGAAGAGACAAUUUUCAGGAGAAACCAUUAUCUUCAUCUUUUCCUUUAUUCAACACAGCCGGAAUCCAUGGAUCAGUUUUGCUGGGCGACGAACAUGUAGCAAUAAACAUGAAUGUCGACAACCAACGGCAAGUGUUGUUAAAUGACGAUUCGAAUCACUAUAUUGAAAGUAGACGUGAUACAAUGCAGAACAUUGAAUCCACAAUUGUAGAACUUGGAAAGAUGUUUCAAAAUUUGGCUAUUAUGGUAAAAGAACAUGAGGAAGUGAUCAAGAGAAUAGAUUCCAACCUCGAGGAUACCGAACUCAAUAUAGAGUCCGCACAAGGAGAAAUUCUUAAUUAUAAAUUGGGAAAGGUACUGUACCUUGAACCUUGA